UCCAGUUUGCCAGUUAAAUCCGACCGCGCCACGUUAGCUUGUGCGAUUUUCGCGCGCGUCACUUGUAAACAAAUUCCAUUUUUUGAAUAAGUGCCCACUUAGUGACAGUUCAGUGAAGUUAAAUAAGUUUCGCACAAAGGAGAUUUAUUUACUAUAAAAUUGUGUCACUUUGCGUAUGUAUAUUUAAUUGCUGGGUGUGAAAUUACUUAAGAGCUUAAUAAUAAUUACUUUCUUUUUAAUUUUUGCCGUGUAAAUCGGUACUGUUAAGCAAAUAUAAGUAUAAAAUACAAACUUAAAUUAAAAUAUAAAUUUGCCCAGUAAGUUCUUAUAUUGUGAAGUUAAAACCGUGACGAGUGACGCUGCAAUGCGAAAAAUAAACUGCAAUGAACGCUAAAGUAUGCCAAGCUCAAGUGUAGUAAAGUGGUUUUAACGUGUUCUGGACACAUAAUGUGAGUGUAUCAGUAUGUGGGCGGCAGAGUUCAUCUGUAUCUUCAUACUUUUUGGUGUGACAUCUGGCGGCGGAGGCUGGGAGCCCUUGGGUCAGCCGUAUUUCGACAAUAGCACUAGACGUGAGGCUACCGCCGCAGUGGGACAGCCAGCCUACCUACAUUGCAGGGUUCGGAACCUUGCCGAUCGAGCGGUAUCCUGGAUACGCAAGAGGGACCUACACAUACUGACGGUGGGGGUACACACAUACAGUAGCGAUGCUCGGUUCGCGGCACUUCAUGCGGAUGGGUCAGACGAGUGGACCCUUCGGGUAUCGCCCGCGCAGCCUCGCGAUUCUGGUGUCUACGAGUGCCAAGUGUCUACUGAGCCCAAAAUAAGUCUGUCAUUUAGACUCACAGUUGUAGUGUCGAAAGCAGAAAUCCUAUCAGGGCCAGAGCUAUUCGUCAGGGCAGGAUCGGACAUCAAUCUCACUUGCGUUGCGAAACACGCCCCAGACCCGCCGAGCUUUAUCUACUGGUACCGUGGCGAGCAAGUUGUGAACUACGCUCAGCGCGGAGGCAUCAGCGUGGAAACGGAACAGAGGACACGCACAAGCCGCCUGUUGAUCGCUCGCGCAGCACCGCACGACUCCGGGAACUAUACAUGUGCACCUAGCAGUUCUGAAUCGGCAUCGGUGAUAGUUCAUGUCCUGAGUGGAGAACGUCCCGCUGCCAUGCAGAGUUCCAGCUCAUUGUCAUCUCACAUUAACCCCUUUCUCUUUACACUUUCUAUACCAACUUUACUACACAAUCAUAUUUUUUACAAGAAUGUACCCGACAUCUUUCACCUAGCCAACAAUGUAAUAUGCUGCGUUCUUUUUAGCCAAAUUUCUAUUUUUCUACAAAAUACCUAUGGAAGCAGCACAAGAUGACCUAAUUAUAUUGAUAACCUAUAAUUAUGUAAAAUAACAAGUUUCUGAAAUGUAAUAUUAGAAUAAUUAAUGAGUUCGUUUUAAUUAUAGUGAAUACGACUUGACUUGGGUCGACAAAUUCUUACGUCAAUUUUAGUUUUAACUACACAUGCAAUGUGUCAGUUUAGACAAUUUAAAACAUACAAAGGAAAGCAUACGAAGUUAUUCCAGUCAUAAAUGUUUAUACAGAGAUUAGUGGACUCUCCGCUUUAAGUCUUUUGGCGAUUAUCCGUUUUAUUCCUUUUCGUUUGUUGAGAUUAGAAUAAAUGGAUAUUGAGAAUUUGAACGAUACAGCGUGUAACGAAAGCUCUUAACAAAAUAAGUAUUUAUUUUCCUAGCGGGCGAUGGACUAUGGACUACAUCGUUCCCAUAAGGUUUAUAUCGAAGCGACCCCAGGCGAUGCUAGUACGGCUGGCUAUUGAGUAACGUAAAAUAACUUUAUUUUAACAGUUUGUUUUCGAGAAGAAAGCAGCACCACAUGGAUACAAAACUAUAUAAGGAUUAAAAGAUGUAAUAUACCAUAAUGUAUAUUCGUUUAUUUUAUUUUUAGGGUUUUUAUUUAGUAUUUGAAACAUAAGAAUAUUUAUCAAGGACCGUUAUAUUUAAGAUACUAUAAACAAUUUCUUUUGGUGCUUUUAAUUCUUACUGUACAGUGAUAUUCUUGAAAUGAAAUAGCUUACUGUGACCUCGUUACGAAAGCCUACGAAAUACCUCCGCUGUUUUUCUUAUAGUAGAUGGUAGCCGAUACAGACAAUACCAAUUUAAAUAUUUCUGAGGAAUUGAUUUUUUUCUAGAUACUAUUACUAUUAGCUAUAUGUAUCACUAUGGUACAACCAUCUACAGAGCAUAUUUUUCUUCGUCUGUUCGACUAUUUGAAUACACUGAAUUAUUAAAGUAAAUUACAGUUCUUACAUAAAAUUAUGUUUUUGUAGCAGACGUAAAUGCCUAAUGACUCCACAAACACGUUGCAAGAACCAAGUUUCUAUAGUAAUUGUAAAUGUGAGCCAUUUUCUAUAUCAUGGAUUUAAAGUCAUCAUAAUAAUUUUCUGCUUAGGAUUUCUCUGAAAUUAAGCGUGAUUUUUUUAAAAUUUCUGAUCAUAAUGACAAAAAUAAAAAUCGGUUUAUUUUUAAAACGUCGCAAAUUUGAAUAGAAUAAAUUACGUCUUAUUUUCAUUAAUCUAAAAUUAUGUUAACAAUAAGAAGAUUUUUUUCAAUGUCUUAUUUAUAACAAAGCAGAUGUGAAAUAUUUUUUUCUGUGAAUAUAGAAUAAGUAUGUAAAUAUGAUGUACAUAGAUUGUCUGUUCAUUAGUACAUUCAAUUAUGGAUGCUUAAACAUAAUGUAUUUAAAUUUGUGUAGUCAUCGAAACGGUUGUGUAAUGAACUAUCACGUAGAAUUAAAAGGUUAUAAAAUUUAUAAGAAAAUAAUUAUAGAUAUAC